CUCCUGCUUUUGAUCACUUACACACAGCAGCUAACGUCUCUCUCUCUCGAAAAGGGAUAGAAGCCGGUCGUCUGUUUGAAAGACUAGGAGACUAUCUGCCUAUGAUCCUGUAUACUGCCAGAGCUAGGAAAUAGUAAUACAAAACCACAUAUAUUUGAUAAAAAAAGGGCCCUUCCAUUUACCAAUGCUUUAUUAGUUUGUUAAAUUCAGUAUACACUUAAUGUAACAGAAUUUUAUUUAGCAUAAUACUGAAACUCUUCUUGUAAUGGUUUGCUUUUGAUAUGUUGAGUGAGUGAACACAAAUUCAUUUUAUAGAACACGAAAAACCAUUUUUAAAUUACUACCAAAAUUAUUGUCAAGUGCACAAUGUAUGUUAUUCAUUGAAGUUUCCCUCGAGACAUGUUUUUGGAUAUAUAAAAAUACUCUGCUUCGAACAAUUUGUAAUAAUUUUUCCACAAGUUCAAUUACCUGGUUAAAAUUCUUGAAAUGACUACUUCUCCCUCAUUGAAAAAUCCUGAAUCUCACCACUCACCCCUGAAUUACCCCAUGUCUACCCCCAUAAAAUCCAUUCAUGUGUUACGUUUUCAGUUUAAAAAAUGACACCACGAAUAUCUGUUAUAAGAAUUUAUUUUAACAAACUAACAAGUAACUUACAUACUGUGCAUGAGCUAUCAGUAUUAAACUGGGCACUAUUUGCAGAAAGUGGCCAUGAGCGAAUUUUGUGGCACCCUCCUCAAGCAAGCCUAUGUGAACCUUGCAUGUACCCUAAAAGGUGGAUAGAUGGGGGUGCAGACAAAGACACACAGUCAGAUAUGGAUAACAAAAACACUGAAUGGAUUAAUUAUGUCUAUUAUAGCCAACAGAGAUUCAUCAACUACACAGACAAUGUACAACAAUAAGGAUAUGGCUAAAUUGAAGAGUUUUAGGAAAGAGGUUAGGGAACAAUGCAAGAUUGGUUUUCAUAGUUAAGUAAUUGGGGAGCAACCUUAACAAAAAUUGGAGUAACUGCACUAAUCUGUAUAAUAGCAUUGGGAAUUGUCUUUUGCAUACCAAUUUGCAAUUUGGUGGUUUUAAAACUCAGUGCUUAAGAUUAAGCCACCCAAUCAGUGACUUUCCAGAGCUAUACCCAAUCCCUGAGUGGAACCCUGAAAAGUCUCAGGACAGUGACUCAGACGGUGAUGAUUUGGAUAAUGACGACUCUGAUAAAGAGGAGACGGCAAUAAUUUGACUAUGGAAGAAGUAUCGUAUCUGCAUGGAGACAUGACUUAACACUAGAACGGCCACGACGGUCAUUUUGACCGUUUUGAAAUUUAUAUGUGCAAUAACUUUGUUGAAUAAAAAAAUACAAUCCUGCUGGUACGUGACUUUUCCUAAAAGUGUCUGUAUUUUUAUUUACAAUGGGUUUCAUAUAAAUUACACAAAAGGAAAAGAAAAUAUGAUCAUUUUUACCUAUUUCAGCCAUACACGGUCAUUUUGACCGCACUGAAUUUCGCGCUAUUCUAUUGUUCUAUUUUUCGCGCGCUUUGUUAUACAAAUAGGAACUAUUGUCAAAGAAACAUCGCUAGCGGUCUCUAGUGCUAUUAGCAUAUGCUAAUUUGCUUACGAAUACAAAUUAUUAGGCUAAAUUGGCUAUCAGUAUAAUAAUUUAAGAAAUUCAGUAAUUGCCUAGGUUGGAGUUUAUAAGGAGCCUUUAGAAAAUGUCUAAAAUGAGUGAAAGAAUGAAGAGAAAGAUGACCGCUGCCAUGGCCUUGGAGAUGCUUCAGAACUUGGACAGCGAUGACUCUGAUGCAGGGGAUCUAUCGGAGGUGGAAAGUGACAGCGACCUUUCCUUUGUGCAAGAAAACACUUCAUCCUCAUCAGAGAGUGAUUCAGAGUCCAUACCGAGGAAAAAGAGGCGGCUACUUUCAUCGGAGACUAGGGAUCCAGAUGUUCCGUUCACGGCUGACGUUCCAGGCCUUCCCGAACCAGUACCUGCUCUUGAGCCAACUGGAGUGCUCAGCCCGCCCUUGGAGUCAUCUCGGCCGGAGGCCGCUGUGGAAAAGGGGAAGGAUGGGACGGUGUGGACGGUCCUUCAGUCAACUGAACGUCCAGGGAGAAGGCAGAGCCAAAAUGUCCUGACUGAAGCUGCUGGCCCCACAGCACACGCGAAGCGCAACAUCGGAGAUGCGCUCACGGCCUUCUUGUGUGUGUUUGAUGAUGGUAUGCUGAAACACAUAAGGGACUGCACUGUGACUGAGGCACAUCAGCACCGUGGUGACAGCUCAUGGGACCUGACAGUGGCUGAACUGAAGGCCUUCAUAGCGCUGCUAUAUAUCCGUGGAGCACAGGGAGCAAAAAACAUGGAGUUGGGCAGCCUUUGGUCGGAAAAAUGGGGCUUCUCGUUUUUCAAAGAAACCAUGUCCAGAAAGGGGAGGGAGAUAAUGAAAUUCCUGCGGUUCGACAAAAAAGAGACCCGACGUGUGCGUCUGCAGGAUGACAAGUUUGCCCUGGUAUCGGCCACUUGGAAUAAGUUUGUUCAGAACAGCAUAGCCUGCUACAAGCCCGGUGCCAACAUAACCAUUGAUGAGCAGCUGUUCCCCACCAAGGCCCGGUGCAGAUUUAUCCAGUACAUGGGAAAUAAGCCUGAUAAAUUUGGAAUAAAAUUUUGGCUAGCUGCGGAUGUCAACUCAAAAUAUAUGCUGAACGGGGCUCCAUAUCUGGGAAAAGAGGAGACGCGGAGCAGAGGUCAGCUCGUGGGAGAGAGUGUGGUGCUGAGACUGGCGGAGCCAUUCCUGGGGAAGGGAAGAAAUAUUACUAUAGAUAAUUUCUUCACUUCUCUCAAACUGGCCACCGCCUUACAGGCCAAGAAGACCAGCCUGGUUGGCACCCUGGGGAAGACGAAGCGUGAGUUGCCCCCCUCUGCAAAAGAGCAAGCGGAGCUGUUCAGCACAAAGGUGCUAAAAUGUGCAGGUGCGACGCUCACCAUCUACCAGGGAAAGCCGAGGAAGAAUGUGUGCAUUCUGAGCUCCGUGCACACAAGCGUGGGCAUUACCGAUGGGCCGAAGGCAAAGCCGGAGUCGGUAACAUACUAUAAUAACACCAAAUAUGGCGUGGACGUCCUGGAUCAGAUGGCAAGGGCGUACUCUGUGAAAGGCGGUACGCGUAGAUGGCCAGUGGCUGUCUUUUAUAACAUCCUCGACCUGGCUGGAAUCAAUGCCCACAUCCUCUUCAAGGAGUGCACCAGCAGCAAGAUAGCCCGGAGGAAGUUCAUGCAGCAACUGGCAGAGGAGCUGAGAGCGGAGUUCAUGGAGGGAAAGGGGGCAGCAUGGCAGUUGGCACAAGGUCCAAGUCAGCAGCAGAAGCAACCACCACAGCAGACAUCAAAACAGAGGCAGUGCCAGGUUCGGAGAAGCUGCAAACAAAAUAAAACACACGACACCUGCUGCAAAUGCCGCAAACCUGUGUGUGGAAAUUGUGCACGGAGAACAGAGGUCACUUGCGUUGACUGUGAAGCUUAAAUAGCCAAGCACGCUAUUGAUGUAAUUAGUUAAUAUAAAAUUAGUAGCCUAAUUCUUUUAUGGUUCUAAACGUCGUUCGUGGCUCUUUUUUUAACGUUAGAUCUGCUCGUUUCCAGCUUUUCGAUUAUUUUCUGUGUUAUAAAUGUGUUAUAAAUGUUAAAACAAACUUUUUCAGAAUCAAAUAGAUCCUUUUAAUUGUUAUUAUCUUGUUCUGAGUUAUGCUGAAUAAAUACGGAAAAAUACUGGUGUGAAUUUAGCUUAUGUGAUAAUUACGGUUUGCUAUAUGCGAUGAUGUGAAUAUUGAUAAAUGUAUAAUUAAACUUUUUUAAAUGUACAUUUUGGUGUUAUUUGGUUUUUUAAAAGAUAUCCUAACACAUCAAAUACAUUAAUCUCCCAUUUAGGUAUUUAUCACUAGAGAAUAUAGAGUUUGGUAUCUAGCGGUCAAAAUGACCGCUUACGGCAAUUCUAGUAGUUUUGGAAUUCUGGCACUUCUAGUGUUAACACUGGCGUCAUGACCCACACCACAUGACAGAAGCCUUCGAAAGAAUUAUACUAAAUGAUAUAUAUGGGAAAUGGAAGAGAAGUGACUUUUCAACUGUACGAACACAACCUCAGACCACUAUAAAAAGAGUGGAUAGUAUGUUCUUAUCAAACAUAUCUUUUAUCAUGGCCUAGGGAGAGGUCGUGGUCCAAGCCUACAAAGAGUAACCAGCGAAGCUGGGAAAGAGAUAGAGAUUGUCAAGGUAGUGGUGGGAGGAAAUGUCAUCUGGUCAAACCGAUCUGAUAAGCUGGAAAUCAUGAUGAACCAGAUGCCAAAUCCAUAAGAUUAACAGCUGACAAUUGUCCCAUCCGCAAAAGACUGAACUAGAUCUUAUUUGGUCAAGCCCCUGACAGAAUGAGGCUCCCCAGUCCCAUAUCACAACACUUUCAUGAUGACAAACUCUAAACCUCUGCAACUGCACCGUUGCUUUGCCUGGCUCAAGGUCCUUCUGCACACUCGCCAUGCCAGCCAAAAGUCCAUCAGCCUCUCUGGCUGUCCGUGGAAAUCUGUGUGUGAUUCUCUACAGGUCCAGCACGCUACUGAAUAUAAAGGGGAGAGCAUAAUUAGACAACAAGGCUGCUGUGAUAAUUAGCUCUCCCUGACACUCCUCAUCUGAGCCACUCCUCCACCUCUCCCUCUGCAGCUGACUGCUCACCAUGCCCACCUCCACACUUACCAAGGGUGAAGAAGGAAUGAAAGCUUUAGCAACAUGUGACUUUUUGCUUACCAGGAUAUCUUAACAUCCUGCUGUCUGAUUUCUUAACAUGGGAAGAGGUUUCUUGACAACCGAUAUUCCAGUUGUAAUUUUCAGUUCACCAGGACUUGUAUUGUUCUGCUGACGGAUUUCUUAACAUCCGAAGGGGUUUCUUAACACCCAUUAUAAUUGUACUAAAUGCAUUCUCAGUUUAUGUUUCAUUAUUCUACUAAAUGUUAAUCUAAUCUAGUGAUGUUUCCUGCCUGUUUCCUGACUUUGGACAUAAGUAGUAUAAGUCCUGAAUGGAGGGCAGGUCAGCACCGAUGAUCUUGUCUGCAGUCCUGACUGUUCGUUGUAGCCUGUUCCUGUCCUGUUUGGUGGCCGAUCCAAACCAGACAGUGAUGGAUGUGCAGAGAACAGACUGGAUUAUUGCAGAGUAGAACUGGAUCAGCAGCUCCUUAGGCAGGUUGAACUUCCUAAGCUGGCACAGGACGUACAUCCUCUGCUGGGCCUUUUUGAUGAUGGUGUCGAUGUUGGAUGCCCCUUUAGGUCCUGGGAGAUUGUGGAUCCCAGAAACCUGAAGGCUUCCACAGUAGAGUGUGCUGUUGGAUAUGGUGAUCGGGGGCAGUGUUGGGGGCCUUCUCCUGAAGUCCACUGUUAUCUCCAUAGUUUUGAGAGUGUUCAGCUCCAGGUUGUUCUGACUUCACCAGAGGGCCAGCUGUUCAACCUCCUGUCUGUAUGCAGACUCAUCACCGUCCGGAAUUAGGCUGAUGACCGUUGCGUCUGUCAGCAAACUUCAGGAGUUGGACAGAUAAGUCUGCUGAGGUGCGGUCUUUGGUGUAGAGGAAGAAGAGCAGUGGGGAGAGAAAAAACCCCUGGGGCUGCCAGUGCUGAUUGUCCAGCUGCUGGAUGUGAUGUUCCCCAGCCUCACCUGCUGCCUCCGGUCUGUCAGGAAGUUUGUGAUCCACUGCCAGGUGGCAGCUUGGUGAGUUUGGUGUGAAGGAUGUCUGGGAUGAUGGUAUUGAACGCUGAGCUGAAGUCCACAAACUGGAUCCUUGUGUAUGUCUCUGGAGAGUCAAGGUGUUGAUAUAGUGCAGUCCCAUGUUGACUGCAUCAUCCACUGACCUGUUUGCCCAGUAGGCAAACUGCAGGGGGUCCAGCAGGGGUCCUGUGAUGUCCUUCAGGUGGGUCAACACCAGUCUUUCGAAGGACUUCAUGACUACAGAUGUCAGGGCGAUGGGCCUGUAGUCAUUUAAUCUUGUGAGGGAGGGUUUUUUGGGGACCGGGAUGAUUGUGGAGCAUUUGAAGCAGGCAGGGACUUCACACAGCUCCAGUGAUCUGUGUGAAGAUGGGGGCCAGCUGAUCAGCACAGACUUUCAGGCAGGAGGGUGACACACUGUCUGGUCCUGGUGUCUUCCUGAUCUUCUGUCUCUUAAAGAGCCGACACACAUCCUCUUCCCAGAUCCUAUGUGCAGAUGGGGGUCAGUGGGGAAGGGUGAGGGGUUGUCAGGGAGUGUAGGUGGUUGUUUGAUGUCAGAGUGGGUGAGGGGUGUGAGUGUGGGCAUGUCAAACCUACAGUAAAACCCAUCAGCCAGUUGGUGAUUCUCCACAGUGUGGGGGGAUGGUUUCCUGUAGCUGGUUAUUUCCUUCAGGCCUCUCCACACUGACGCAGAGUCAUUGGAUGAAAACCUGUUUUCCAACUCCUCAGUGUAGCGCCGCUUGGCUACCUUGAUCUCCUUCGUCAGCGUGUUUCUGGCCUAGUUGUACAGGAUUCUGUCCCCACUUCUGUAGGCUUCCUCCUUGGCCGGACGAAGCUGCCUGAGUUUAGCUGUAAACCAGGUUUUAUUGUUGCUGUAUGUGUGUGUAAGGUUUUAGUCGGUACACACAUGUCCUCACAAAAACUGAUGUAAGUUGUCACAGUGUCAGAGUUCAUCCAGGUCUGUGGCUGCAGCCUCAAAAACACUGCAGUCAGUGCAGUCAAAGCAGGCUUGUAAUUCCAGUUUUGCCUCGUUGGUCCAUCUUCUCACAGUCUGACCACAGGCUAGCAGAUUUUAGUUUCUGCCUGUAUGUCGGGAAAAGAUGAACCAGACAGUGAUCAGAGAGUCCCAAAGCUGCACGGGGGACAGAGCAAUAGGCGUCCUUUAAUACAGUGUAACAAUGGUCCAGAGUGUUUGUUUCCCUGGUGGGACACUUAAUGUGCUGCCUGUAUUUUGACAGAUCAUGACUGAGGUGUGCUCUGUUAAAAUCCCCAAGAACGAUGAGCAGGGAGUCAGGAGGGUUUUUCUCAAUGUUAGUUAUCUGGUCAGCCAGGUGUUGUAACGCCUCACUAACACAGGCCUGCGGUGAUGUAAACACCAACCAGAAUAAACGAGGAGAACUCCCACGGUGAAUAAAAGAGUUUACAGUUUAUGAAAGUAGUCUCUAAAUGAGGACUGCAUGAUUUGCUCAAAACGGUGACAUCUAUACACCAGCCUUCGUGUAUGUAAAAGCGAAUUCCGCCUCCCCAUGUUUUCACCUGAUAGCUCCGCUAUGCGGUCCGCUCAGAAGAGUUGGAAUCCCGGCAGAUGUAGUGAAGGAUGUGCUCACCAAGUCAGGUUUCAGUGAAACACAGGACGGCAGAUCUGUAAAAAGCUGAGUCCACUCUGUUGAGGAGCAGCAGUUCGUCCAUCUUGUUGGCCAGAGAGCGGACAUUCACCAGAUGUAUUGACGGGAGCGCAGUUUGAUUUCCCCACUGGCACGGGUCGUAAAAUGCCUGUAAAUGGCAAAAAAUACACUUUAAAUAAACACUACAUUUUAAAUGGCUGACUUCCUGUUGGGUUUAGGGCAUGGCUCCACAAGGCUUUUUAGUAAGUGUGGACAUGUUACACACGCCUCUCAAAUUUUGUAUUUUGUAGAUUAAACAUGCCACAAGGGCUACUUUGUUGAAGUUUUAUAGGGAGCCAUAUUUCCACAGCAAAGCCCAAAACCCACAUCAGAUAAAAACUUUCACCACCUCUGAUAUGUGUGCCAAAUUUCAUUAGUUUUAGAGCAUCCCUAGUCCUUCAAAAAGGGCUUUCUGUUUCUGUUGAAUCCUCUAGGAGGAGUUAAAAAAGUUUCUCACAUGUAAAAUGCCUAAAAUGGGGUGUUUUCUCAUGACCUAUGUCAUCGUUUGAGAUAUUAAUUAUUCCUCGCAGUUUAGCGUCACAUUAGUCUGAUGGUUAUACAAAUCAUAUUUCAAAUAAAUCCAAUUAACCCUCUAGGAGGAGUUUGAAAACGUUACAGGAAUACAGUAAAAACAUACAAAAUUAAAAAUGGUUGACUACCGGUUGGGUGGAAUUAAUGAAAGCCAAUGUGAAAUAUGUCCGAAAUAAUAAGAGCAAUGUGCAUACCAAAUUUAAUGAAUAUCGGAGCAACUUUAAAUUGAACUACAUGAACUCUACAUGCUAUGUUCAUGGGUUCUGAUGUGUGUCCCAUGUUUCGUGAGUUUUCAAGCAUCCUCAGCUCCUCAAACUAGCUUCCUGUUUCAUGGCAAAUAAUGGGUUACUAUGGCAACGGCGUAUCAUGAAAACUCAAAAGCUUCGCAUCGUGAAAGUCUUUAGUCUUCGCUGACCAAAUUUGAGGUGGAUCCAGUAAAAGUGCUAGGAGGAGUAAAAGUAGUGUAAAAGCAGAGCGCCUGUAAAUUUAAAAAAAUGCACUAAAAUUGCACACUCAAUUCAAAAUGGCUUGACUGUUGGCCCUGGCAUUUUUGUUCUUGGGCCCUAAUAAUAAUAAUAUUAAUAAUAAUUACCUCUAGAAAAACAACAAUCAGUGGGAUGUGGGAGUUGGGAGGGAACUGGAACCUUGAAAGAUUUUGUGGCCGGGAGCUUCUUGGUACUGUGGUGGUGAGGGCUAGGUAGGUGGGGCAAUUUUUGGAGGGGUACUUGCUGCAUUUGGCAUAUUUGGAGCCUGUUCUGUUCUUGUUCCUUUCUUUGUGGUGGUGAUUUCCUGAACAUCUGAGACAUGGGACCGGGUUCUUACAUUACAUUGAUGUGUUGGCAGUUGAAACACUGUUGGGUGUUGUAGGAGACCAGGUGCAUCUGAGUUGGAUCCUUAUGAAGGCUGUUCAGUGGCUCUGCUGGUGAUACGGUGUGUUUUGGUGAUGGGGACGACUUGUUUUUCCAGUUCUUCUUUCAUUUAUUCAAUGUCUGUGUCAGUGUGAAUCCCCUUGAUAAUCAGCUGUUUUGUUAGUUGGUGAGGGGUGGCUGGUGUGGCUUUUCUUGCUGGGCAGUAUGUGAUUUUGAGUGCUGAAAUGUUUAUGGAGUGUAUGUCGUGUGUGAAUAUGAGAAUGCCUACUCUCCUCAUGUAAACUAACUUUUAAAUUUUAAUGUCUGCCAUCAAACUCUUUAACUCCUCCCUCUAACAUCACUGCAAUACUUGAAAUAUUGUGCAAUAUACUCUUAUAAUAUAUACUUUAAUACUCCCUAUUUAUUGUUUUUUAUUCACUUAUAUUAUUGCUGUGCAAUAUCCACAGUCUAAUAAUCUGGUUAAUCUGCUACACUUAAGGUUUCAGUCGUAGUCA